CGCCCCCUUUGGGCUUCAACCAUGGAACUCAGCACCGAGUACCUCCGGGAGAAGCUGCAGCGGGACCUGGAGGCAGAUCACGUGGAAGUGGAGGACACUACUCCCAACCGUUGCGCGUCCAGCUUCCGAGUCCUGGUGGUGUCGGCCAAGUUCGAGGGGAAGCCGCUGCUUCAAAGACACCGGCUGGUGAACGCGUGCCUAGCAGAAGAGCUUCCGCAUAUCCAUGCCUUUGAACAGAAAACCCUGACCCCAGAGCAGUGGGCCCGUGAGCAGCAGAAAUAAGGGACCAGGACCUGCACAGCCAUUAAAUUAUGAAUCAGGGCCA